CAGGUAUGGGUACAAGUGAGAAUCUACAAUUGAUUAGAAAACCUGGGAUAUUUGAAAGAACCACAAAACGCCCAGACUGUGCCCUUCUUCGAGGUUACCACCAUACACAACAUGCAUCAUCCUUUGGACUCUGUUCAAAGGUAUUUAGUGAGGUUCCUAAUGCUAACGUGAUCUACUUUGAAAAGAACUCUGAAUGCACCAUAUUUCAUUGUUACGAAACCAAAGAUGGAUCAGAUUGGGACUAUAAAUGGGGACAGGAAAAUGUUGUCGGAGAAAUCUACAGUCUACCUCACCCAUCUAACUAUAACUGCUAUGGGUCAUACUUCAUUCCAAGAGCUUGGGAGAAAAUGAAUUUCAAAUCAGACUGUACCCCAAUUAGUGAGAAAACUGUGAAUAAUUUGGCCCAUUGCAAACAAAAAGCAUGUCAUGAUAAAGCAAAUGCUUUUACUAUCUACCAAGAUACAAAAUCAGUUAUGUAUUGCGCAACAAAAUUUUGUGCUGGUAAUAAAAUGGACCUUACAUCAACUUCUGGACAGAUUUUUUACAGUUUAGCCCAUCCUGAUAAACCUGUCAAUAUACAGGAUCUACAUCCAAUAAAAUUACCCGAACAUUACACACUAAACCUGCAUUUACCAAGUAGAUGUAAGGGAUUCGCCUAUGACAAAACUAAGGGUAAAACAGAAGAACAUCUCAAACAUUUCUUUGAUUCUGGAUUCAAUUUUGUGAAAUACAAUAAACUCAUAGAUGAGACAUAUACAGCGUAUAAAUGUCAGACAAAUUCGGAAGAAACAGGUUAUGAACAUUUUAAAGGGUGCUACCCUCUCAAAAAAACCGACACAAAAUCAUGGUACAUUUUGCCACCCCCUGCUAUCCCAAGGUUUAAUAAUGGGACAUUCACAUUGCGCAGUGCUGGAAUAUGCCAAAAGGCAAAUUGUGAUCAUCAAUUGAUCAUCUAUGCUACUAAGGAUCUCAGACAAUGCAUGAUUUAUGCAUUUGAAAAACACUAUAAUGUCAUAAAUUACAAUUCCUUAACUGCUGUGUGUGAUUUACGUCGAUGCCCUGUGAUUCAUGGUGAUGAGCGUGACUUAAAUUAUACAACACAAGGUGUAACCCCAGGCUUUAAGGUCUAUGCAUUUCAAGCUUAUCACCAUUCCAACUCCACAACCAUUACCCCAAACACAACAGUGGCUACAGCCACAACCCGGGCUCCUAGAAAUCCAACUUCAAAUAACAUUAAAUCUAAUACAACAGGAUUGCAAGUUGCUGCUGGUAUUGGUUGGUCUGCCUUCAUAAUUCUAGUAAUUGGUCUUGUUUUUUUAUUAUGUUUAUCUAAGAACAGGUUCGUUAGAUUUAUUUACCAUAGAUUUAAAAUUUAAAUAAAUAUGUUAAGUAUAUAUCCCAGUGUAUGAUAGUUUGUAUUUUUGCAGUUGUAGCUGUAGUCUGUGUUUUAGUACCUAUAAUGUAUCAUGAAACGAUAUGAAAUGUCAAUAAAAG